AUGAACGCGUUCUCGGCGCGUUUGACGGCGGCGGAAGCGGAGAAACUUAAAAAGCAGGCGUGGGUAGAUCGGGUGGAGCGCAGCCAGAUGGUGCGCGCGGCGACGACCCACACGCCCGACUUCCUCAACCUGCCCAACAAAGUCUGGUCGCAGCUGGGCGGGGAGAGCCGCGCGGGGGAAAAUGUGAUCAUAGGCCUAAUUGACUCGGGUAUUUGGCCGGAGCACCCGGCGUUUUCGGACAAGACCAGCAUCCCGUACGGCCCGCCGCCCAGCCGGUGGCGCGGGGGUUGCAACACGACGGCGGACUUUCCGCGGUGCUCACAGAAGAUCAUCGGCGCGCAGUGGUUCGUGGCGGGGCUGAAGGCGGAGGGCGGGCGCAUCGACCCGAGCAUCGAGUUCCUCUCGCCCCGCGACGCCAACAGCCACGGCAGCUGGUGCGCCGGAGCGGCUGCGGGCAACGCCGUGCGCGUCAAGUCGGGCGCGCAGCCCCUGGGCACGGCGCGCGGCAUGGCGCCGCGCGCGCGGCUGGCAAUAUACAAGGCGCUGUGGUUCGACGGGCAGGUGGCGAUGGGCAGCGAGGCUGACGUGUACAAGGCCGUGGAUCGCGCCGUGGCUGACGGCGUGGAUCUUCUCUCCAUGUCCGUCGCGUUCAGCGACGAAAACUACUUCAAACACCUCCCGCUCAUGCGCGCCGCGCAGGCGGGCGUGCUACCAGUGCUGGUGGCCGGCAAUCUCAAGGCGCCGCCGGACAGCGACGACGGACAGUACCGCACCAUCCGCAACGCGUCGCCCUACUAUCUCACCGUCGCUGCCAGCACGACGGACAGAGCGUGGCCGCCGCAAGCCACGCUGAGGCUGCAGGACGGCGCAGCCACCACCGCCUCCGCCUGGACCGCGGGCGGGCGGAGAACCGCCACCGCGGAUGACGACGGCGGGGGAGGGGGAGUGAGCGCGGAGGGGGUGACGGUGGUGGGGGUGACGUACCACGCGGGCACGGCGCACACCGUGAACCUCUCGCUCGUUGACGCCGCUACUGCCGCCGCCAGCAACGUGCCCCUCAUGCAGGCGCGCAUGUGUCUGCCCGGAUCACUCUCCCCGGCGCUCGUGGCGGGGCGGAUGGUCCUGUGCGAGGCGGGCGGGACGACGCCCGAGGCCAAGGCGGGGGAGGUGCGGAGGGCGGGCGGGCGCGCGAUCGUGAUCGCGUCGGCGUCCGCCACGGCGGGCAGCGUGGGAGAGGGGUACGCGCUCGACCUGCCCUCGCUCGUGGUCAACCGCACCAUGUCGCAGGCGCUGAGAAGCUUCCUCAACAGCUCUAGCAGGCCUUCCUUCUUCUCUUUCCCUCCUACAACCUCCUCUCUCAACUCACUUCUUGUUCUCUCCCCUCCUUGUCCCCUACCCCUCCUCCGCAUGCCUUCCACCCUACCCUCCCCCACUCCUCCCCCUCCACCAGUCCCCGCGCCAUGCUCUCCGCGCUCUCACCCCAGUCCAACCACGUCGCACCAGCCAUGGCGCCAUUCCCCUUGGCCGCUCUCUCAUGACCGCCUUGUCCUCUCUUCCCCUUCCCCCAUUCCCCCCACACAAACCCCCCCCCUCCCCCACCAGCCCCUGCGCGACACUCUCCUCGCUCUCCCUCCUGACCAACCAGGUCGCGCCAGUCAUAGUGCCCUUCUCCUCCUUGCCCGCCCACUCAUGACCACCUUGCCCUCUGUUCCCCCUUCUCCCCCCUCCACCACAUCCCCCACCAGUCCCCGCGCGACCCUCUCCUCGCUCUCACUCCAGUCCAACCAGGUGGCGCCAGUGAUGGCACCAUUCUCCUCCACGGGCCCCAUCGUCGACCCCUCUCUCCCUCCCGGCCACUCCCCUGAGGGCUUCACAAACGACAUCUUAAAGCCCGACAUCACCGGCCCGGGAGUCAACCUCCUCGGCCCCAUGGCCUCUGGAAAACACGGGGAAGCAGCAUACCAGCUGCUCUCAGGAACGUCUAUGGCUGUGCCUCAUCUGGUGGGGAUCGCGGCGCUCAUAAUGCAGAAGUACCCGAGCUGGAGCCCAGCAGCAGUUAAAUCGGCGAUUAUGACGACGGGCACGGUGUUCAACAAUCGUAACGAGCCGAUUCGGACAGCGUCGGGGCACCGAGCGACGCCGUGGAAUUUCGGGUCAGGGCACGUGGUGGCGGUGAGGGCGAUGGACCCGGGGCUGGUGUACAACGUGGGCGCCAAGGGCUACAUGGCGUUCCUCUUUGGGAUCAACUUCAACUCGGCGAGUAAAUACUUCCAACACGAGCUUCAGCAGCAGCCACAGAAGGGGAGCAGGAGGGCGGUGUUCAAGGCGUACGAUCUGAACCUGCCGAACAUCUGCGUGUCGAAUCUGGUGAAGCAAGUCACGGUGGUUCGGCGCGUGACGAACGUGGCUGGGCAGGCGUCAAAGUACCGAGUGCGGGUGGUGGCGCCUAAGAAUGUCCGCGUGGUGGUGGCUCCGGGUGCGUUCACGAUUGCGCCGGGUGCAUCACAGGUGUUUUCGGUGACGUUCACGGUGGUGCAGGCGACAAGGGCGUUUUCGUUUGGCAGCCUCACGUGGGUGGAUGGCACACACCGUGUGAGGUCGGUGCUGGCCGUGCAGCCCGUUCAGGCGUGA